GUUAAGUUAUCAAUAAUUCUAACUAAAAAGAAUCGGAUUCACAACACACUAAUUUUGUUUCCAAAGUUGUGUACACGUGUGAUAUGAUGUGGUGUGGUACAACCUAGUUCGUUUACUUGUACUUGUACUGAGUGAUUUCUAAUUUCUAGUAAUACAGUUCUGUCAAAGGUUUCAGUCAGUUCCUUCCAACAUGCCCACAAUCAAUAUCAAGCGAGACGUAUUGUUCAAAGCUUUGAACAAAACUUACACUGACGAUGAAUUUUCCCAACUCUGUUUCGAAUUUGGUUUGGAAUUGGAUGAAGUCACUUCAGAGAAGCAGAUGAUCUCGAAGGAGCAAGGAAAAGAGCAAUCAUCCGGUGCAUCAGAAGAAAUCAUCUACCGAAUUGAUGUUCCUGCAAAUCGUUACGAUCUAUUGUGUCUGGAAGGUUUGGUCAGUGGACUCCUUGUGUUUCUUAAGAAAAUAGAGCCACCCAAAUUUAAGUUAGCGCAGGUCCCUGAUACUUCCCUACAAAUCUUACGAGUGACGUCUGCCACUCAAGCCAUCCGUCCAGUGGCAGUUGCAGCGAUUCUAAGAAAUGUUUCUCUUACUCCCGAUUCCUAUGCCAGCUUCAUUGACCUUCAAGACAAGCUGCAUCAAAAUGUUUGUCGCAAAAGAACUUUAGUUGCUAUUGGCACCCACGACCUCGACACAGUGCAAGGACCUUUUGUUUAUGACGCCCUUCCGCCUAAGGAUAUCAAAUUUAUUCCUCUUAAUCAACAAAAGGAAUAUGAUGGGCUUGAGUUAAUGGAUCUUUAUUCAACGCAUGCACAAUUGAAACAAUAUCUUCCAAUUAUUAAAGAUAGUAAAGUGUUCCCAGUCAUUAAAGAUUCUAAUGGGAUUGUACUCUCUUUACCCCCAAUCAUUAACAGCCAUCACUCCCGCAUUUCUUUAAAAACCAAAAAUAUCUUUAUUGAAUGUACUGCUACGGAUAAAACUAAGGCAAAAAUUGUUUUGGACACCCUUGUUUGCAUGUUUAGCCAGUAUUGCGACAAAAAAUUUGUUGUUGAGCCUGUAAGGGUGGAAACAAUAACUCCUGACGGAAGUGAAUUGGAGACAUAUCCGGUGCUAGCAUACCGCAAAGAGAAAAUUGUUGUCAAGAGUGUAAAUAAGUAUGUAGGAGUCCAUGAAUCAGCUGAUAGUAUAGCAACAUUACUGUCGCGUAUGUGUCUUAAAUCGAAGCAGACUGAUGAUAAUCAUGUUGAGGUAGAAGUCCCUCCGACGAGACAUGACAUCAUCCAUGCUUGUGACAUAUAUGAAGAUGUAGCAAUUGCCUACGGUUACAACAACAUUGUGAGAAAAAUGCCCUCAAUAUCAACUGUGUCUCAUCAGUAUCCCUUGAACAAGCUUUCAGACCAAAUCCGAGGCGAAAUUGCUGAAUGUGGUUUCACUGAGGGUUUGACUUUUUCAUUAUGCUCCAGAGAUGACUUAGCAACAAAAUUGCAGAAGAAAAUUGAAGAUAUACCAGCUGUCCAUGUAAGCAAUCCCAAAACAUUAGAGUUUCAAGUAGCACGAACUACACUUUUGCCUGGUCUCUUGAAAACGCUAGUGGCAAACAAAAAAAUGCCUCUGCCCCUCAAGCUGUUUGAGGUAUCAGACGUUGUGUUAAAAGAUGCUAGCACAGAAGUAGGAGCGCGAAACGAACGACAUCUUUGUGCUGUGUAUUGUAAUAAAACUCCCGGUUUUGAAAUUAUCCAUGGGCUUUUGGACCGAGUUAUGCAAUUGCUAGAAGUUCCAAGGGAUAAAGAAAAAGGUUACUAUAUCACAUCGUCUGAUGAUGUCACCUAUUUCCCACAGCGCUGUGCCCAAAUUCUUUACAGAGGUAAAGUCAUAGGUCUAAUGGGUAUCCUACAUCCGAAUGUUCUGUCAAAUUUUGAAUUAACCAUGCCUUGCUCUGUUUUUGAAAUUAAUAUUGAGCCUUUUGUCUAAUUUUGUCGAAAAAUUGACUGUCAUAAAUCUUUGUUCAUUUAAAACUACAA